AUGGCGGAGCCGGCGGCCCAAGGUGGCAAGAGAAAACGUGAGGAGGAGGAGGAGGAGGAGGAGGCGGUGGAAGGGGCUGAGGCGGCGUCGGUAGGGAACGGGACCGCAGGGCCCGCUCGCUUCCCCUUCACCGGCUUCCGCCUCCAGAAGGUGCUGAGGGAGUCUGCGCGGGACAAGACCCUCUUCCUCCACGGGAAGGUGAACGAAUCCUCGGGGGACGGGCAGGACGCCGUGGUGAUCUUGGAGAAAACCCCCUUCCAAGUGGACGAGGUGGCCCAGCUUCUGGCGGGAAACCCAGAGCUUCGGCUGCGGCUGUCCAAUGAUGUCUACAGUAACUACCAGCUGGCCCCACCGCCCCAGCUGAGCGGGGUGAAGGCCACGGUGGUGUUCCCGGCCACGGCCAAACACCUGCAGAAGUACGGACGCCAGGAGCUGCACAUGGUGGAGGAGAGCGGGGAAGAUUAUACCAACAUCACGCUUCCAUACCUGGAGGCCCAGAGCCUCAGCAUCCAGUGGGUGUACAACAUCCUGGACAAGAAGGCUGAGGCCGAACGCAUCAUCUACGAGAACCCGGACCCCUCCGACGGCUUCAUCCUCCUCCCAGAUCUAAAGUGGGACCAGAAGCAGCUAGAAGAUCUGUACCUGAUUGCCAUCUGUCACCGGCGCGGGAUCAAGUCCCUGCGAGACCUCACUGCGGAACAUCUUCCCCUGCUCAGGAACAUUCAGCGUGAGGGCCAGGAGGCCAUCCUGCAGCGCUACGGAGUCGGACCGGACCGACUGAGGGUCUACCUGCACUACCAGCCCUCCUAUUACCACCUGCACGUUCACUUCACUGCCCUGGGCCACGAGGCCCCCGGCACGGGGGUGGAGCGGGCCCAUCUGCUGGCAGAGGUGAUCGAGAAUCUGCAGUUGGCCCCCCGCCACUACCAGUGCCGCACCCUGCGCUACGCCCUGCGUGCCGACGACCCGCUCCUGGCCUGCUUCCGGGCCGCUGCCGGCAGCUGAACUCCGGUGGGAUGGUCCGGGGGUCCGGGGAACUCGGGACAGGGGAGGAG